GGCCUAUGACAAGUGACAAUAUAAAAGCGCGUCGCUGUAUUCGUUUGAACAGAGUAGAUCUAGAGUUUGUCUCGAAAACGUAGAUUUAGAUCUAGAUCUAAUUGAUAAAAUAUUUGAUUCAAGCAUUUUUGUUAUCAUCUGGCAUCGUUAAAUUAGUUUGACACCUGAAAAUGUACAGAAUUGCUCGCCAACCCAGCUAUUAUGACGAAGUAUUGCCACUAGUCCGCUUAGCAGACGAACUGACAAGUCUUGAUCCUGGCUACAACGUUUCUUCUGGUGGUGACAGAACAGUAGCUCGCAGACAUGGAGAAUCGGAGGUUCAUAACACUGACAAAGAAUUCCGCAUUCGAAUGGAUCUCCAUCACUACAGACCUGAAGAAGUGAAGAUAACUUCAGACAACACCAAGAUAACUAUAAAUGCCAAGCAUGAAGAGAAACAAGACAACCAUGGCUUUGUCUCAAGGGAGAUAACAAGAAUAUACAAAUUACCAGAGGAUGUUGAUCCUAAAUCUGUUACUUCAGCAAUGAAUGCUCAUGGUAUUCUAAGUAUCAAAGUCCAGAAAAAGUCUCCAGAAGAACCAAAGGAAAUACCCAUUCCUGUUACUUUUAAGUAGUUGAUUCUUAAAUGUUCAUCAUCUUGUACAUCACCAAACUCUAUUGUUGAGCCAGUUGUUUCAGUAUUUAUUCGUUAUUCAUUUAAUAUUUUGGCUUCUACAAAAUUACCAUGGUUGUGAAUUUUAUAAUCUGCCUGUAUAUUGCUUAAUUUUGUAUCAAUUUUUUUGUUCAAAUUGAAUUUUUGAUAAUUAAAUAUUUGAAUUGUACAAUU